AGCGUGGUUAAGGUUAGGUUUAAAAUCAAAGUUUAGAAAUAGGCAGGGUUGUGGUAACUAGUAAAGGACCUUAAACUUUACGCAUAUAGUUUACGUCAUCAAAGAGCGCCCAACUGGAGUGUUGUGCGUCCUUUUCAAUUCCAAAUUAUAACGUGGAAAUAAAGACUAAAAAUGCCUAUGAAAGGAAGAUUCCCCAUUAGACGAACGCUGGAGUAUCUCCAGAAGGGAGAAGUUGUAUUGAAAAACAGAGUAAAGAUUUUGACAGUAAAUUACAACACACAUGGACAGCUCAGCGACGGAGCAAGAAAAUUUGUGUUCUUCAAUGUUCCACAAAUUCAGUACAAAAAUCCUUGGGUUCAAAUUAUGAUGUUUAAGAACAUGACACCAUCGCCAUUCCUAAAGUUCUACCUAGAUGAUGGAGAGCAGGUGUUGGUGGAUGUGGAGGGGAAGGACCAUAAACAAAUCACCCAACAUGUCAAGACUAUUCUUGGCAAGACCAAUGAGGUCCUGCAGGCUGAGGCUUUAGCCAGGAUGGAGGCUGCUAACCCAGCCAACUUUGGGCCCAAGAAGUACUGUCUGAAGGAGUGUAUCUGUGAGGUGGAGGGCCAGGUUCCCUGCCCGGGCACCACGCCGCUGCCCAAGGAGAUGACUGGGAAAUACCGCACACAGAUGGCAGCCGCACAGGACUGAGACUGGACAGCAAUACUACUAUAUCAAAUAUGUUUCACUGGAAAUACUGUGGAUUUGUUUUUGUACAUUAAAGGAAAUAGUUUGAUUUUAUGUCAGCGGUUGUAAAUAAGGAUAAUUGAGACUGAUGAAUUAAAUCAAGUGUGUAUGUGUGGA